AUGGCGUUGCCUCUGUUCGUCGCUGCAGCGGCGGCUGUCCUUGUACCAGCGGCUGGCCUCUUGCAUCUAUUUGGUCCUGGACACGAAGAUGCAUAUGAACGCACGUUGGUGGCCCCUCUCGCCGACGAAGUGGCGUUACAGGCCAAGUUCAAACACGAAACUGGUCGUCUUCAAUCCCAGCCAGUUCGAGUGUACACCCAGUACUAUUUCCCGAAGCAGGCCACUCCCAAGGGGGUUGUGAUCUGCCUCCAUGGGAUCUACGCUCACAGCGGUGGGCUCACUCUCCUCUACGAAAACUUGCUGAACCGUGGCUACGUCGUGGGAGCGCUGGAUUUCCGCGGGUUUGGCCGAAGCGCUGGUCGAUUUGGUUACAUUGAUGUGUUUUCAAACUACGUGGACGAUGUACUGGCAUUCUUGGAAGCCACGCGAGUCCAAUUCCCAGGCCAAAAGGUGUUUGUUAUCGGCAUCUCCAUGGGGGGACUAGUUCUCUUGCAUACGUUGCUUCGAGCCCGCCACGGAUUGAUCGACGGGGCCGUCCUCCAUGCGCCCCCCGUCCUUCUUGCCGACGGAGUGCGACCCCCCGCCAUCGUGGAAACGGUUUGUCGAGUGCUGGUGAAGGUGUUGCCAAAGCUGCCAGCGAUUCCGACACAUGGCGCCACCCGGGCCAACAGCAACGAGGUGGCGAGCGCCGUGGAAGCUUCCAAGCAAUUGGACGACCUGUUUUACAAAGGCCGUCUUCGCCUCGGCACUGCCUUGAACAUGCUGCAAGCGACGCUGGACAUUCAGACGCAGUACCACAAGAUCGAUACGCCCUUUGUCUUGAUCCAUGGCGACAACGACCGCGUGUGUGCGUACGCAGGCUCCAAAAGAUUGUUCGCGGCGGCAGCGUCGACGGACAAACAGCUGAUUACGAUCCCGCAAGGGGAACACAAUUUACUCAAGGAACCAGAACGAUUCCGGCGACAGUACUUGCAUCACAUUGGUACUUGGCUCGAUGGGCGUUGUCAAGUCGACUGA